AUGAUGGCGACCUUGGUCAUGGUCGCGCCCGUGGAGACGAAAAAAGGAAGGAAGAUCGUCCGUCGAACGACCCGGAAGAAGACAAAUCUGAAGAGAAGGACGUGUCGAACAAAGGCCCGGCGGCUUCUGCUCACGGAAGCAACCCAUACCAAGCAGAACAAGAUGAUCCAGCGCGAGGGGAUGCUACAGGAGCAACUCGUGCAAAAGGAUGGCGGCGACCGCACGGUGUUGCAUCUCGCGGCUCUUAGUGGAGAUCAUGACAACCUGGCGGCUGCCAUUGAUAUUGUCGCAAAACACCUCGAUGAAAGCCAGAUGUUGGAGAUGCUCAAGUCGAAGGACGCCGCUACUGGACAUACAGUACUGAUGGUGGCAGCCGCCAGCGGGGAAGCUAAGAACUUCAAGCGCGUCCGGAGUGCUCUAAGUCUUACACUUAGCCAGGACAAGGCCGAACUGAAGCAACACCUGAUGGAGAAGGACGGUCAGCAUCGAACGCUGCUUCACCUCGCGGCUCUCAGCGGCAACAAGGAUACCGUCGACGCUGUGUGGGAUGCUUGCAAGGAGCGUGGAAUAGAGGCAGCCGAGAUGGGUUCACGGCAACCGUUUCCGUGCGGUGGAACAACGGCACUGAUGAAGGCGGUUGAAGGUCGUGACAUGGACAAGUUCAUGGACGAAUUCGAACGUGAGCUACAGAAGGCCAACGAACCCAAAGACGCCCAGGGCAAUCACGGCGAGGCCGAGGAGCUCUACGAUCGCUUACAAGAUACACUAGAGAAGGUGUUGGAGCCUGACCACCCAGAGCUUGCCACGCGGAUCAAUAACCGGGUGGUGUUGUCGGAGAUGCAGGUCGGUGACAUCAUCAGCUCGAAGAACGUCGUUGGCGAGACGUUGUUGUCGAAAGCUAUCGAAAGCGGUGACGUCCAGCUGUUUGAACUCGUACGGAAGUGCGCAUGGGCUUUCCUUAGUCCCACUCAGCGAGGGGAUCUCGUCGAGUCCAAAAAUACUUUUGGCGAAUCCUUACUGGCGAAGGCAUUCGACAUAGGAGAUGAGAACCUGUUCAAAGCCACCCUGGAUUGCGCAUGGGAAGUCCUCGAUCACCAUCAGCUCGUCGAGGUUUUGACAUUGGCAGACAUGGAAGGUGUUAUGCCAACGACAGUGUAUGACGCGCACGAAGUCGUGGCCUGCAUGCUUCGGAAGGCCUUCGACACAGAGAAUCUCGGGGUCAUUGAAGCUGCCUUGAAGUUCGUGGUAGGCCGCUGCAAAAGCUUCGGAACAGAGGUCGACUGGGGAACCAUCGAGAGGUGGAUGAAGGGAUAUCCCCGAAGCGUUAGGAGUCUGCAUGCUCGGCUGGCACGAAGGUUGAUGGAUCGCUCAUUGUCUGGCCGGAAGGUGGCGGAGCGGCGAAGCUCGUGGAUGGACGGUGCCUUUUCUUACGAGGCGAGGGAUGUUCCGGAAAGAUUCCAUGCGGAUGAUUUCAAGAUGCUGUUCUCGCUAAUUGCAAACUCGGCACGGCCAUCCGCCAGCGAGCUCAAGGGGCUCUCACGAAAGGCGGCGUCUGGAGACGUUUUCAAACGCUGCUGCUUGCGUGCUGUGACCUCCGCCGCGAACCCUUUCAUCCCCGGCGUCACCUUGUCGAUACGGCUUACUGAGGCCGCGAAGCAAGCUAGCGAGGGAGAGCGAAGGGCGCUUUUUGAAACCAAGUCAAGCAUUGACGAGAUGUUGCUGGAGAUGUUCGAGCGCUUACCUCAGACGGUCCGUGGAUUUGAAGAACAAGCGGGCACGGAUUCCUGUACUAACGUUCUUGAGCCGGAACUGAUGAGGGCACAAAGUGGAUCGAACGACUUAGGAGGGCCUCUGGAUAUGAUUAUUUCAGACCCGCUGCAGCUAGAGACGUUUUGCAAAGUUCCUCUGAUCAUGGACUUCCUGUCAAGCAAAUUUACGCUGGGCCUACCGGACCUGAUGGACACGGCAGGAUUGUUGAAGAAUGAGCACCAGUUGUGGUACCUGGAAGAGGAUGGCCUCUUUCGAGACGAACACGGGCUCGGGUUGGACGGGAUUCCGGUUGCGCUUCUUGAAGCGUUGCUAAAGGGAGUUCGGCAGGGAAUAUGGGAUAAUACUCCAACCCUGACCUUUUUGCCCGGGGCACAGUUCAUCGUGGCAGCAAUGGUUGCGGCUCCAACCAAGUACUAUGAAGUCCCAGCCAUGAGAAUGCUGCUGGAUUUCGUGGUGUAUGUUGGCAUGGUCGCUGCGCUCAGCUAUUUCGUUCUCUUCCAUAGCACGACCGGAAGUGAUCCGGGGUUGGACGGCAUCGCCGACCACAGGUUCAGCCUCUCCGAAGGCGCAUGUGCGCUGAUAUUCAUCACGGCUGGAGCAUACCGAGAGGGGCGCGAGAUGAAGAGGGGCAUUCGUGCAUACUUCAAGGACCAGUGGAACGUUCUGGACGCGCUAGGCAUGUUGUUCUUGUUCGUCGGCUUGGUCAUCAGAUGGGACGACUGGACCAGUACUUGGGGGCCAGCAUUCUACGCCCUGAGUGCCCCGCUGGUGGUUGCCCGCGUCCUUUUCUUCGCCCAGAUCCUCCAGUUCCAAGGACCGAUGGUCCAGGUGAUAUUCCGCAUGACGGCGACACUCUUGCAGUUUGGUGCGGUCAUGUUGGUCGUUAUGAUCGGUUUCACCAUGGCGCUUCACGUUAUCUUCCGCGAUGUAGAGGACUUUGGUGACACCUUGCUUGGCCUUUUCAAGGCCAUGCUUGGCGAGACUGGAUUCUUCGACGAGUUCUCCGGCGGACGAUACGACCCUGUGGCCACGAUCCUGGUUGUCGUGUAUCUGUUCAUCGUCACGGUUAUGCUCCUCAACCUCCUGAUUGCCAUAUUGAGCACUGAGCACGCCCAGGUACAGGAAAAUACUGGCGGGGCGUUCAAGGUGUCGAAGGCACGCAUUAUUGCUCAUUACCGGACGGUUGUCGACAAUGACGUUCUCCCUGCCCCCUUCAAUUUAGUUCAGCUGCUUCUAUCGCUGGGGGUGAUCGCAAUGACGUUUCCGUACUGUUUUCUCCUGGAGGCGAAGAGAGAACAAAGUGAGACAGAACGCCCUGCGAUUGAUGAGCAUGGCCGCCUAUUCUGGGGAAAUGUGUGGGAAGGCGCGAGACAACGACACAGAGGGGCUCGGCGAGCCUUUGGACAGCUCGUGUGGUGGCUCGUGCUAGGUCCUGUAGCUGUUGCUGGAGGGGCGAUACUGUGGGGUCUCUCGGGGUUCUUCUACGCUCAGUACGCGUGGCACUCGUGGCUUUCGACUACGGAUGAACAGGAUUGUUUUUUUGGUUUUCUCCUGGAAAGCGACGAGGAGCCCGACGCGGAGGACAUGUCCAAGGAGGUUGUAAUGUUCGGCAGUUGCGGCUCGCCGCUAUGGCGAAUGCUUCAGGGUCUAGGCAUCGUGUUUAGAUUCCUUCUUGAGUGGAUCGGAGUUGUACUCGCCUGGUUCCUGACAUUCUUGUUGUGCAUUCUGGGUGCUCCGUGCUGUCUUUUUUUGCGAUGGUUGGUUUUGCCUGGUACGGAGUUUUUCUCUUGGUGCUGGAAGCUAGCUGCAUGUCGGUCCACCCAGGAUCCUGACGAGGACGAAGAAUCCCCAAAGCGUUUAAGUACGCCCACGAUAGAGAGCAUGCUGAAGAAGGGCCGUAGUGGGGUAGGCGCGGAAAAGCUGCUUGAAUUCCUCGAAGACCCUAUGAACGACAAGGAUGUUCGGCAAGACGAGAAGGAGAAGAAGACCACGGUGGAACACAUCAAGCUUCUCCGGGACCGCCUAGAAAAGACCACGGUGGAACACACCAAGAUUCUCCGGGACCGCCUAGAAAAGACAACCGAUAAGCAGCUUCAGGAGUUGCGCAAGAACGUGGCGUCGAAGGAGGAACUGGAGGAGUUGCGCAACCAUGUGGCCUCCAAAGUGCAAGACAUGCAGGGCGGUUUGGAGAAGAUACUAGCUUUGGUGCAGGAACUGAAAAGUACUACAAUCAGCUGUGGUAUAUGAAGAAAGUUCUAUGGGGGUGUCUUGUGUGUUGCGUGACAAGUCUCUCUGAGCGCCGCAGGUGGGGCGACUGGCUUGGUGUGUGGACACGACGGAGGCCGGCAGUUUGACCUACGCUACUUUGUCAAACUAGUUUCCAUGUAUCACGUUUGGGCAGAGUGUGGGAUGCAUCGUUUGCCGUACUCCUUACGCAUUUCUGGCACGUAGAUCACGUGACUAGCAUGUCUCGCGGGUAGGCAAGGAGUUCCGCCGUGGUCGUGAUUCUAGA